GGUUCUUAUAAAUUUAAAGUUUUGACAAUUUUUGGACUUAAAAUAAAUUUGGAAUAUAUUUUAUAAAUUUAAAAUUUGUUCUUGACCAACCAAAUUGACUGAAAAUUAAGAAAAUGAACUUUACCAAACUUUUCACAAGUCGGAUUCCCGCGAGUUUGCUUAGUAAGCAAGUUCAACGUACUUAUAAUAAAAGAGCAGCGGCAGCCUUAUUAAAACUGCGUAGAGUUCAAAUUGACGACGACGGUUUGUUUCCAUAUGUAAUGAUAAAAGUAUAUAUUCACGGCGUGACCAGAUUUCCAAGGACAAUAAUACGUGGAAAAUUUAAUUCUAGCCACAAAGCGGUUUAUAAUGCUGCUCGCAGGGAAUUGGGAAGCAUGGAAUUGUGCACUAAUCCAUUGGGUGGUGGUUACUUAGACGUAGACAUGGAUAAACGUAAAAUCUAUAUAUAUGGUGGUUGUCAGACUUUUGGUAUUGCUGAUCAUGCUAAAACGCAAGAGAUUCUUAUGUCAUGGACCAAAUACAAAGAUUUCCAGAUACGCGUAGGAGAGCGACCAAAGCCCAAACAAAUUCCUUGAAUUAAUAAAGUUUUGAUUAAGGUUUAA